UGAACGCUUGAAAGAAACAGAAAAGCAUUAAAUAGCUCUCAUUUCAGUUGGGGAGUAGUGUUCCUGGUUUUCAUUGCACAUCGCACAUUCUUAUUUAUUGUACCCAACAACUUCUCUCCUGCCUCUCAAACCUCACCUCACCUAAUCUUUUUCUCUCUCUCCUCUCUUUCUGAGGUAAAAAGUUAAUAGAAAAUUCAGCUUUGACAUACAAGACUGCAUCUUCGCGGACAAUGUCAUAUUUCUUCAACAAGACAUCAUUUUCCGGGAAAAUUUCCUGACUUUCUUCCGUUUUCCGUGGAAGUUCCCAGAAAGGAUUAGUGGGUUUUGCUUAGAACUUGUUUUCCGACAAUGGGUAAUCGAUUUAUUUGCAUGUCAAAGAAGGAUACUAAAGAUGUUGGAUCCAGAAGCAAGAGAGUAAAUCGCUCACAGAGGAAACUGCUGGCUGAGGAAGAGUUCUUGCACAGGCAAGCUCUGUCUAUGGCACUUCAUCAGCACCAAUUGUCUCAGAGGUUUGACGGAUCCAUGUCUAGAAGAAUUGGGUCCACAAGCUCUAGGAGACUCACUGAUCCAUUCGCUAAUGGGAAGCAGGUACCAGAAUCUUUGGAGAAUAUUCAAACAAAAAAAUUUAUUCUGGUACAUGGAGAAGGGUUUGGAGCAUGGUGUUGGUACAAAACAAUUGCUCUACUAGAGGAAGCAGGAUUGCUUCCAGUUACCUUUGAUCUCAAGGGUUCUGGUAUUGAUCUUACAGAUACUAACUCUGUUGCUACGCUGGCAGAAUAUUCAAAACCAUUGAUUGAAUAUCUAGAAAAUCUUGAAGAGGAUGAAAAGGUUAUCUUGGUUGGUCACAGUAAUGGAGGUGCCUGUGUUUCUUAUGCACUAGAGCUCUUUUCGCAGAAAAUUUCAAAAGCAAUUUUCAUCUGUGCUACUAUGGUGUCUGAUGGCCAGAGACCGUUUGAUGUGUUCGCUGAAGAGCUUGGUUCUGCAGAACAAUUUAUGCAAGGGUCAAAGUUUUUGAUUCAUGGGAAUGGAAAAGACAAGCCUCCUACAGGAUUCAUGUUUGAGAAAGAGCAGAUGAAAGGGUUAUAUUUCAAUCAAUCUCCUGCAAAGGAUGUUGCUCUGGCCAUGGUUUCCAUGAGACCUAUCCCACUAGGCCCGAUCAUGGAAAAACUGUCAUUGUCACCCAAAAACUAUGGAACUAGCCGGCGGUUCUUCAUUCAAACAUUAGAUGAUCGGGCACUUUCCCCAGAUGUCCAAGAAAAGCUAGUGAGGGAAAACCCACCAGAGGGAGUGUUCAAGAUAAAAGGCAGUGACCACUGCCCAUUCUUCUCAAAGCCACAGUCACUGCACAAAAUGUUGGUGGAAAUUGCUCAGAUUCCAUAGCUUUAAAUAUCAGAAAUUGUAUUCCUUUGUUUUACGUUUGAGUUACAUAACGAAAACGUAGCUGAUUGCUUAGUUCUAUGAUGUUCGGCCAUGGUUGUAUGUAGAACAAGGUGGCCCAAUUGCUUGUAUCCAAUUUCUACUUAGUAUAUAGGUAAAGGAAAUGCUGAUUUACACUAUACAAAAGCAAUCUCAUCUAGUCAUGCUCGUGUUUUGUUGCGGAUAAAGCUCAAGAAGCCUGAAUUUACAA